AUGGUUCUUGGUUCAAAAGUGGCUCUUGGUCCAGAAGUGGCUCUUGGUCCAAAAGUGGCUCUUGGUCCAGAAGUGGCUCUUGGUCCAAAAGUGGCUCUUGGUCCAGAAGUGACUCUUGAUCCAAAAGUGGCUCUUGGUCCAAAAGUGGCUCUUGGUCCAAAAGUGGCUCUUGGUCCAGAAGUGGCUCUUGGUCCAGAAGUGGCUCUUGGUCCAAAAGUGGCUCUUGGUCCAGAAGUGACCCUUGGUCCAAAAGUGGCAAUUGGUCCAGAAGUGGCUUUUGGUCCAAAAGUGGCUCUUGGUUCAAAAGUGGCUCUUGGUCCAGAAGUGGCUCUUGGUCCAGAAGUGGCUCUUGGUCCAAAAGUGGCUCUUGGUCCAGAAGUGGCUCUUGGUCCAGAAGUGGCUCUUGGUCCAAAAGUGGCUCUUGGUCCAAAAGUGGCUCUUGGUCCAAAAGUGGCUCUUGGUCCAGAAGUGGCUCUUGGUCCAGAAGUGGCUCUUGGUCCAAAAGUGGCUCUUGGUCCAGAAGUGACCCUUGGUCCAAAAGUGGCAAUUGGUCCAGAAGUGGCUUUUGGUCCAAAAGUGGCUCUUGGUUCAAAAGUGGCUCUUGGUCCAGAAGUGGCUCUUGGUCCAGAAGUGGCUCUUGGUCCAGAAGUGGCUCUUGGUCCAAAAGUGGCUCUUGGUCCAGAAGUGGCUCUUGGUCCAAAAGUGGCUCUUGGUCCAAAAGUGGCUCUUGGUCCAAAAGUGGCUCUUGGUCCAAAAGUGGCUCUUGGUCCAGAAGUGGCUCUUGGUCCAGAAGUGGCUCUUGGUCCAGAAGUGGCUCUUGGUCAAAAAGUGGCUCUUGGUCCAGAAGUGGCUCUUGGUCCAAAAGUGGCUCUUGGUCCAAAAGUGGCUCUUGGUCCAGAAGUGGCUCUUGGUGGUCCAAAAGUGGCUCUUGGUCCAAAAGUGGCUCUUGGUCCAAAAGUGGCUCUUGGUCCAAAAGUGGCUCUUGGUCCAGAAGUGGCUCUUGGUCCAGAAGUGGCUCUUGGUCCAGAAGUGGCUCUUGAAGUGGCUCUUGGUCCAGAAGUGGCUCUUGGUCCAAAAGUGGCUCUUGGUCCAAAAGUGGCUCUUGGUCCAGAAGUGGCUCUUGGUCCAAAAGUGGCUCUUGGUCCAGAAGUGGCUCUUGGUCCAAAAGUGGCUCUUGGUCCAGAAGUGACUCUUGAUCCAAAAGUGGCUCUUGGUCCAAAAGUGGCUCUUGGUCCAGAAGUGGCUCUUGGUCCAGAAGUGGCUCUUGGUCAAAAAGUGGCUCUUGGUCCAGAAGUGGCUCUUGGUCCAAAAGUGGCUCUUGGUCCAAAAGUGGCUCUUUGUCCAGAAGUGGCUCUUGGUCCAGAAGUGGCUCUUGGUCCAAAAGUGGCUCUUGGUCCAAAAGUGGCUCUUGGUCCAGAAGUGGCUCUUUGUCCAGAAGUGGCUCUUGGUCCAGAAGUGGCUCUUGGUCCAAAAGUGGCUCUUGGUCCAGAAGUGACUCUUGAUCCAAAAGUGGCUCUUGGUCCAAAAGUGGCUCUUGGUCCAAAAGUGGCUCUUGGUCCAGAAGUGGCUCUUUGUCCAGAAGUGGCUCUUGGUCCAGAAGUGGCUCUUGGUCCAAAAGUGGCUCUUGGUCCAGAAGUGACUCUUGGUCCAAAAGUGGCUCUUGGUCCAGAAGUGGCUCUUGGUCCGAAAGUGGCUCUUGGUCCAGAAGUGGCUCUUGAAGUGGCUCUUGGUCCAAAAGUGGCUCUUGGUCCAAAAGUGGCUCUUGGUCCAAAAGUGGCUCUUGGUCCAGAAGUGGCUCUUUGUCCAGAAGUGGCUCUUGGUCCAGAAGUGGCUCUUGGUCCAAAAGUGGCUCUUGGUCCAAAAGUGGCUCUUGGUCCAGAAGUGGGUCUUGGUCCAAAAGUGGCUCUUGGUCCAAAAGUGGCUCUUGGUCCAAAAGUGGCUCUUGGUCCAGAAGUGGCUCUUUGUCCAGAAGUGGCUCUUGGUCCAGAAGUGGCUCUUGGUCCAAAAGUGGCUCUUGGUCCAAAAGUGGCUCUUGGUCCAGAAGUGGCUCUUUGUCCAGAAGUGGCUCUUUGUCCAGAAGUGGCUCUUGGUCCAAAAGUGGCUCUUGGUCCAGAAGUGACUCUUGGUCCAAAAGUGGCUCUUGGUCCAAAAGUGGCUCUUGGUCCAGAAGUGACUCUUGAUCCAAAAGUGGCUCUUGGUCCAAAAGUGGCUCUUGGUCCAGAAGUGGCUCUUGGUCCAAAAGUGGCUCUUGGUCCAGAAGUGACUCUUGAUCCAAAAGUGGCUCUUGGUCCAAAAGUGGCUCUUGGUCCAGAAGUGGCUCUUGGUCCAGAAGUGGCUCUUGGUCAAAAAGUGGCUCUUGGUCCAGAAGUGGCUCUUGGUCCAAAAGUGGCUCUUGGUCCAAAAGUGGCUCUUUGUCCAGAAGUGGCUCUUGGUCCAGAAGUGGCUCUUGGUCCAAAAGUGGCUCUUGGUCCAAAAGUGGCUCUUGGUCCAGAAGUGGCUCUUGGUCCAGAAGUGGCUCUUUGUCCAGAAGUGGCUCUUGGUCCAGAAGUGGCUCUUGGUCCAAAAGUGGCUCUUGGUCCAGAAGUGACUCUUGAUCCAAAAGUGGCUCUUGGUCCAAAAGUGGCUCUUGGUCCAAAAGUGGCUCUUGGUCCAAACGUGGCUCUUUGUCCAGAAGUGGCUCUUGGUCCAGAAGUGGCUCUUGGUCCAAAAGUGGCUCUUGGUCCAAAAGUGGCUCUUGGUCCAGAAGUGGCUCUUGAUCCAAAAGUGGCUCUUGGUCCAAAAGUGACUCUUGGUCCAGAAGUGACUCUUGGUCCAAAAGUGGCUCUUGGUCCAAAAGUGGCUCUUGGUCCAAAAGUGGCUCUUGGUCCCAUGGUACGUUCCAGAUGUUGUUGA